CAUAAAGGACGACGGUAACCACGUUUGGCGGCUCAAGCACUUCAACAAGCCUGCCUACUGCAACCUUUGCCUCAACAUGCUUGUUGGCUUCGGCAAGCAGGGCUUAACUUGCACUUUUUGUAAAUAUACAGUCCAUGAGCGAUGCGUACAGCGAGCUCCUGCCUCUUGCAUCGGAACCUACGUAAAAUCCAAAAAGACUUCACAGCUCUCCUCUCCACAGGUGAUGAAUCAUCAUUGGAUUGAGGGAAACUGUCCAGGGAAGUGUGAUAAAUGUAAAAAGUCUAUAAAGAGCUACAACGGCGUGACGGGUUUGCACUGCUGCUGGUGCCAGAUCACGCUACACAACAAGUGCGCGUCUCACCUAAAGCCCGAGUGCUCGUUCGGCGACGUGCAGGACCACAUUCUCCCGCCGACGACCAUAUGUCCCGCGGUGCUCGAGCGACAGCCGACUGUCGGCAGCAAGCGUACGUUAAAUCGCACCGACUCGGCGAUGCUGGAGGGAUCGGGCAUGCAAUUCCAGAUAACCCCGCAGCCCGGCACGCAUCCCCUACUCGUCUUCAUCAACCCGAAAAGUGGUGGCAAGCAGGGGAGUCGCAUCCUACGCAAGUUCCAGUACCUGCUGAACCCACGACAGGUGUUCAACUUGGCCAAGACCGGCCCGAUGCCUGGCUUCCAGUUCUUCAAGGACGUUCCCGAGUUUAGGGUGCUGUGCGCUGGUGGCGAUGGCACAAUAGGAUGGGUGCUGGAGACGAUGGAUAAGAUGAAUCUGGAGCAGAGCGGUCAGAAGGUGCAGGUAGCCAUCCUUCCGCUCGGAACAGGCAACGAUCUCGCGCGGUGUCUACGGUGGGGCGGAGGAUACGAAGGUGAAAAUUUAAUCAAAUUCCUGAAGAAGAUUGAGCGAUCGACGCCUGUUCAGCUGGACCGGUGGAACAUCGAGUUCUCCUCGGCCGAGAGAGGUGACGAAGAGAAAGGCGACCCUAUCCCUGCCAACAUCAUUACUAAUUAUUUCUCUAUUGGAGUUGAUGCUUCGAUAGCGCAUAGGUUUCACAUAAUGAGGGAGAAGCACCCGGAGAAGUUUAGCAGCCGCAUGAAGAACAAGCUGUGGUACUUUGAGUUCGGCACGUCAGAGACAUUCUCAGCCACAUGCAAGAAUCUACACGAUAAGAUCGAUAUCAUGUGUGACGGCGUGUCUCUGGAUCUGGCGAGUGGUCCCUCACUGGAGUGUAUCGGAAUCCUCAACAUACCAAGCAUCUAUGGAGGGUCGAACCUCUGGGGCGACAACCCCGGCGUGCGCAAGCGCGGCAAGACAUCUAAGAGCCAAAAGAAACGGGACAAGGAUCGCGACAUUUCAUCCAACAGCAUAUCAUCGGGUGAUGCCAAUUUCACUCUACAAGACAUUGGUGACAAGCAGAUUGAGGUGGUGGGACUGGAGAAUGCUCUGCAUGCGGCACAAGUUCGCACCGGCUUGCGUGCAUCAGGCAGGCGUCUGGCCCAGUGUUCUUCUGUCACCAUAAGAACCAGGCAACGAUUUCCAAUGCAGAUUGAUGGUGAACCAUGGAUGCAGCCUCCUUGCACAAUCCAUAUAACACACAAAAAUCAGGUGACAAUGUUAAUGGCGCCACACAACAACAACAAGCUUAAACUAUUCGGCCUCUUUAAGAAAUGACAAUUACUGAAACGGCGGUCAGGGAGUGAGCCGCCGUCGUUCACUCAGAGCCGCAUGGCCGUAGAAAACGAUCUCUGCAGUAUAGUCGAACAAGAUUGAAGCUAUCGCACAACGGUCAUAUUGCUAGACGAGCAAUGAUGAGUAAGGGACUUGGUUAUGAGCAACAGAAACAGGCGAAUAGGGAAGCAUCCAUCCAUCACACUUCCUGACGUCAGGCUAUGUCUAAAAUACGGCACGCAGAUCAAAGCCACGGUGAGGCUCAAUUCCUUGUGUGUCUCUAAUAGGUCUCACGCCCGCGACCCACCCCAUGUUCCCAAUACCAACACCAACCAAGUCGUUUGUGAUGUCAGGGAGACCCAAAAAUCUACAUUUGCAAGUCUCAGGGAAAAUCGGAGGCUGAAAAGUACGAGCGAUGGCGAGCCAAGACGACAGCUUGUGUUCGCACGAACGAGGAGCAUCAUGGAAGAGUCAAUUAAGCGUAGUCCGUCUCCGAGAUGCUGUGAUGUCUCGGGCAAUUCACCGAUGAAACAUCAGACUCUCAUGCCGACACACUGAGCGUAGAGGUGCUGAUGCUAUUAGUUUAUGUCACGUCCUCACGCGAUUGCCGUCCGUUAACGUCGACGAUAUUGUGAAAACGCGAGGGUAUUGUAAUAAGUGGAAUUAAAACUAAAUCCUAUAGUGUAAAAUGCGAAGGGCGAAAAUUCGCUUGCGGUUGGUUAUAUUUUAUCUUGUGGGGUCGAAUCGAGAAUCGACGUUGCGAUGCGGACGCGUCAGUUCGAGAUUCGGCAGUAAUGUUAUGCUGUGGGGAAGACAGUGCCGGGAAAGUGCCUCAACGACUACAGAUUUUGCGUCAUACCGUAGGAGCGAAACCUUGUUAUCGUAGGCCACAUAGUAUUUAGCGGAUCCACUGUUCAACCAAGACCCCGUAGCGUGAUGACAUAGUUUGCAUAGGGCAGCACGAGAGUGGUGGGCGCAUAUACAUGUAGAUGGCGCCGUUUUUAUUUCAACGCUGGGCCAUCCUCUUGUGCUGCUGACGUUUCGCGGUUAGCAUAGAAUAAAGAUGUACUUUAUCAUAUCCUCGUGUCUUAACAGUCGAAUCAUUGGUUUCUUGUGGGUAGAUAUCGAAACGCAUAUGCCAUGUCACUCGACACUGUUCAUAUAUCGAUGCUAAAUAAGUGUUUUACUUAUGUCUAUACUUCCACCUCUUCUCCAUAGUUAAAUGUCUUGUUGGAUUGAUACCGAGAGCAUGCAGUCGAGAGUGUGUGGGCGUCAUCUUGGUCGAUGUCGUCCGUCCUGGCGUGCUUGUUUGCGUUGAGCUCGGUAGACAGGUGGAGCGAAAUAGCGAGGAUGAGAGAACACAUGAGUGUGACUGGCGCCUCCGCAAUCAUGUACCCGCACGAGCAGCCUGGUUUACAACAUAUUCCCUAUUAAAUUCUAUAUAUGUACAGUUGAUAUUUUCGGCGUGCUGUGUACAAUUCCAUUUACAUUGGUGCUUUGUGUACAUAUAGGUACAUAUAGGUAUAUAUACCACUGUCGCAUGUGGAUGUGUCGUAACAAUGGUGAAUGGCGUUUGAUUCGCGCCCAAAUAAAGAGCUUCAAACCAUACGUUGUGCGUACAAGAAUCAUAGUCACCUGGUUAACAGGUGAGGGGCGAGUGUGCGCAUAGUGUAGAUGUAUCAGUGUAGCUUUUUCUUCAGGGUAUACCUAUAUAUACAGUACCACCAUAUCUACGAUAUUGUCCCUUUUCUAUUGUUUUCCAUAUAAAAUGGACACACGGAGGUUAUUUCUAUACAGAAUAAUUUCAAGGAAUGUAUUUCAGAAAUUAUAUAACGGUCAUUGUUAUUGUAAUCAAGUUGCUAUAAUCAUUGGUUCAUUUUCCAGCCAUAAUACUGCAUUAUACUAUUUUUAAGUUCGAUCGCCGUACUCUAAACAGCAAAAGAAUGGUGAUUUCUUUUAUAAUUUAGUGUUCGAAUUCCCGUUUAGUGGAAACCGAUAAGUAUCAGAACAUAAUGAAAUAUACGAGACAAUUACUAUUUUGUUAAAUUUCAAGUCCGCAGCCAUGUAUAUAUUACUAUAAAAAGACAUACAUACAUUAUAUGCAUUAUGUGUAUAUAUGGUAUUUAUAAGGGUACGUUUUAAUCAUUAUUGAGUUUAACCCCCAACACAUGUUUGGGCUUUCAAAUAUUCGAAAGAAGCGUGGUAUGCAGUUGACUAUGUGAUGAGGUAGAUCACGUCUUUAUGAAUAUAGCUUAGUUGUUACGAUCAUGACAUAAUUUAUUGUCAUCUAUGUAAUUUCUAUAUAAUUUUUAUGGGCGAAUAUAAAAGCAUUUCGCCGACCGUUCCCUAUCGUAAACUGUGCGAUGUUUUAACGGGCACAACUCAGCUGCCAGUUAACAUCCCAUGCUAGGACUGAAUCCCAUAUAUAUAUAUAUAUAUUAAUAAUAUAGUUACGUUUUAAAUAUUUCAUUCUCUGGUGUUGAAUUUCAUACCAUGCCGUAGCUGUUGUGGACUGAAAUGCAAGCAGGUGUGAUAUACACACACAUAUACAAUGUUCGACAUUAGUUAGCUAAAUACGGACAUUGACAACUGCAGGGCUUAGACGACGCUAGUAGUUUUUUCUAUAUAUUUAUAUAAAUAUAGUCUAGCGAAGUUAGCUAGGUGUGAUCCAGUGGACAUCCUAAUUGAUAGACGACUCGGUUACACAUUAUCCGAGUGAGGGACGUGGCGCCAUCUGUCAGGUGGUCGCUACGUCGCGGACAUGUCUUGUGACGGGUACUUAGCAAGUUAGCACCUCAUGGCCCACAGCCUAUGCGAAGCGCGGCGUCUACGGUACACUUGUUCAGGGUCCAGCUUAAACCACAACUACCGGCAGAUAGAUUCAGAGGUACAGGGCGGUUGGUACGCACAAUCGAGGUGCGACGUGAGGAGAGAGUUAUGUAAUAAUAAUGCACAUCUAUUGAGGAGGACCCCCGUCUUACUUUUGUUGCGAUGGCCGCCCGCCAGGAACGAGUCGAUGGAGCCAUGAUUACGCGCGGAUUCCAUGGGGUGAAUGACUAUAAAGAGAUUUAUUAUUACAGCUGUUAGAAGCAGUGUGUUUCACUAUUAAAGUGAUUAUUAGCAGUAUCUAAAAGACCAAUUUUAUUAAGUAAAAUCUGAAAAGAUUUCUAUGUAUAUAUAAUAUAUACGAAUACUUACACGAUGAUGGAUUGAGUGAAGACGGGAGUGUUGUCAAUUUUAAUCGCCUUUACUUUAAAGGUAAUAUAUGAAAUAAUACUGCCUAUUUAUGCAGUUCUUCCAUUUGGGUUUUAGUUGUGAAUUUUGUACACAUCCUACUAGAGAGAUAUUUCUACAAUGUUGCACUGAUAAGUCGUAGUAGCAAAAGAUAGAGAAGCCUUUUUAUGUUCCCACCAUGUAGCGUAGCAAGCACACUGGAUGCCAUGUUGCUCUGAAUGUAUCACGCCGACUCCCAUCCGCAGGCCACGGGAUUUACAUGUUAUUUCACGAUGUUCCGUACCGGUAUCAGUGCCGAAAUGAGCCAAGCCUGCCUUUCUGAUGCUACCUCACUUGUUUUCCCCCGUGAUCAGUAGGCAACGACCCCUCCAACUUUGCACUUUAAAAUUACAUAGAAAAUGCUUAGACUAACUUUGCGUCGAGAUAGGUAGGAGGUAGAUACUCACAACGCCAACCUGAAAUCACUACCAAUAAAAUACCGCACCUCACAUACACCACAGUCAUUCCUAACAAUGAACAACCGCACCUCACAUACACCACAGUCAUUCCUACCAAUGAACUACCGCACCUCACAUACACCACAGUCAUUCCUAUCGAGUUAUAACCCGAGACUUGUGCAUGUAGCUACAUGUAUCUCACAAGUUCAUAGAUUAGAUUGACAAAUCCAAAGACAACCAUAAUUGUUGUAAGUUUCGACAGACACGUGUCAGCCUUUAAUCGGAGUUGUGGUUAUUUGCAGUUAUAAAAGGGCUGGUUUCCCAAUUCGUGAAUUACAUUAUUGAUUAGCAACAUGGCCGCAACUGGUAUUGUGCUGUGACUAUGAAAUAUCUUAAUAAAUUUUACAGUUGUCUUUAUUUAAACUAUUCUUUCCCCUUAUUAACAAUUAAGUUAAUCGAUUCUACAACGUUUCUUCUAUGUGUUACGAGUUAUGUGCGGUGGUUGUUUUGUACAUAUUAUUGUACAAAAAAUAAUAAAAGUAUAUGUAGCUGUAUGUAUUAA